AUGACGACAGGCAAAGAAGCCCUUCGCGGCCCGGCAUACCACCAGCGACUUCUUCCCGCGCACACUCACCUGAAAGUUCGCCAACCCGGACAAGGCGGCGACGCAGACGCAGACGCCGGCCCUCGCGAUCUCCGCGCAGAACUUCUCGCAGCUGAGGCUGCCCACUUCGCCAAAAAGAACGGUGCUCCCGCUGAACAGCCUACUAUUGACGACUCAUCCGCCCCCAAACGCCAGCUCGAAGCGGCACCGGAAGGAACUGAGGGCGAGACCGAAGAAGACCCAGAGGCCAAGCGUCGACGCAUUUUGGAGGAGUCUCGUGACAUUGAUGCCGAUUCAGAUGGCUCAGAAGAGGAUGAUAGCAGUGACGAAGAUAGCGACGACGAAGAUGAAGCCGCUGAGCUAAUGCGAGAGCUUGAGAAAAUCAAAAAGGAGCGAUUAGCGCAAAAGGAGAAAGAGGAACGUGAACGGGCAGCAGAGGAAGAAGAGCAACGCGAAACUGACAUCGCGCUUGGCAAUCCUUUGCUUAACUCUCAGGAUUUCAAUAUGAAACGCCGCUGGGACGAUGAUGUUGUCUUCAAGAACCAGGCUCGUGGAACCGAGAACAGGGACGGCAAAGAAUUUGUCAACGUAUGUCCAUAUCAUCUCGCAUUUGAUACCCGACAAACCACUAACAAGUCCUCAGGAUCUUCUACGCUCUGA